AUGUGGCGGCUGUUGCCGAUAGUUGCUGCCGCGUCUGCAGCAGGUGCAGAUCACCGGUCUGUGACCGGCCAGCAUGGCAUGGUUGCCACAUCACAUCCCGAGGCCAGUGCAGCCGCGGCACGCAUCCUGGAAAGGGGAGGCAACGCCAUAGAUGCAGCCCUUGCAGUGCACUUUGUGCUUGCAGUAGUGGAACCCCAGCAUGUGUCCAUUGGCGGGGGUGGCGUCAUGCUCUACAAGCCUUUGGAUGGGGAAGCUGUCCAUGUGGACUUCAGAGAAGAGGCACCAGCUUUGUACCACCCAAAAACCUUUUGCAGGAAUGCCACUUGCAUUCUUGACCCACACUGUGAGUGCAAUGGCACUUGGCCAAGCACCGAGCGUUGCACAGGAGGCCACGCCACUGGCACACCUGGGUUCCCAGCACUCUUGGCGCUCGCGGUGCGCGAUCAGCUCACAUCGCUGCCGCUCUCAGAGCUCGUGAUCCCAGCGAUAGAACUGGCUCGAAAUGGCUGGAGUAUGGACGACGGACUCUACAAGAGCAUCCAGCAAUAUGCCCCGCAGUUGGCCCGAGACCCUGCCUCUCGAGCGCUCUUCUUAGAUGCUAGUGGUACCAAGCCCAGAGCCGAGCCUGGUGAGCUGUUGAGCAACCCGGAGCUCGCUGAUACCCUGGAGUUGCUGGUAGCUGCGCCCGACGACUUCUACACGGGCACGCUUGGCAUGGAGUUUGUGAAGGCAGCACAAGGCGGCGUCAACAAUGUGACCGGCAAGUAUGGCUUGCUGUCAGCGGAGGACAUGCACAGCUAUCGCGCUGUGUAUCGUGAGCCGGUGAAGUAUGAGCACACCACUGCUUCGGGUCAUACAUACCUCAUCACAGGUUCAGCACCACCCUUUAGCGGCGGAGUGGCGCAAGCUCAGAUCUUCAACUACCUGGAGCAGGUGCAAGGGGCAGAAGCCACAAGUGCUCGUGACCUGGGCUUCUUCAUGGAUGCGCAGAACGUAGCGUUUGCCGAUCGCAACCAGUACGUGGCCGACCCCGACUUUGUGGACGUUGACGUGAAGACCCUGACGUCGAAGAGCUAUGCGGCCCAGCGUGCGGAGGAGCUUCUGGGCAGUGCUGGUAACUCGCAGCAGGCACUCCGCAGCAACGAGGUGAGAGCGUUGACCGUGCCCGUGACCCCAGGCGUGCUGAGCUCCAAACGCGGCGCGUCUUCGGCGGAGGACCAUGGCACCUCCCACAUGACCAUCAUCGACUCUGAGGGCAACAUUGUGGCCAUGACCACGACGGUGAACAUGAUCAUGGGCUCGCGGGUCACCGUGCCGGGGCGAGGUUAUUUGCUCAACGACGAGAUGUGCGACUUCGACUCCCUUGGCUUUGAUUCUGCAGGACAGAUGACAGUGAAUGCAGCCGAGGGGGGCAAGCGCCCACGGCGCACAGCUCUUGGCUCUGACAGCAGCUCCUUGGGCGGCAAGAGGCCGCGGUCCUCAAUGAGUCCGACCCUGGUGGUGCCCAAGGAUCCAGGCCACGCUGCCUUUGCUGUGCUUGGCUUAGGGGCGCCUGGGGGCUCCGACAUCAUCGGUGGAGUAGCCAAUGUCCUCCGGUACACUUUGACUGCACCCACCGUCGACGAUGUCCGAGAGCUGCAGCAGCACACCAACACACCCCGUGCCAUCGGCAAGAAUGAGCAGCGGAUGGGUAACGCGGUUGUGGAGCUGGCGCUCUUCGAGGACAAGGAAAAGGUCGCCUCCCUGCAGUCUUGGGGCUACAACCUUACGCAUACGCCGUACUCGCCACCCUACUACGUGGGAGAGACGUACUCUCGGGUGCAAUCAGCGAUGAUGUGGCGGGCUGACUCGUCUUCCCCUUGGGAGUUUGUGGGAGCAGCAGACACCAUGCGCUUGCCUAGUUGUACAGCCCAGGCUCCGCACGGCCCCAGUGACUCUGUUCUGCUCCCCUAG